AUGCCAAAAUCAACUGCAGCUGGUGCUUCUGUAGCAACUUCAACAUCUGGAUCUGCUUAUCCAAAUACUAAGUCUUAUCCAAUCCCUACAUCUUUUCCUACUUCUCUUCCUACAUCUAUUCCUACGUCUUUUGCAAUUCCUACAUCUAUCCUCACCGCGAUCUUCCCAGAUGAAGUGCCCACAUGCCAAACUUGUCUAGCACAAUCUAGAAACAUAACUGGCUGUUUCAAUGUGACUGACAACACAGAAGAAACGAAAGCCAUAAUAAGUACUAUUCUUGAAAAUGGUCUUGCAGAGAGCGGAUUAUUUCCGAAUGCGAAUGCUACAGGAGACAUCUCGCUCCCGGAAAUAAUUGAACCAAUAGCAAAAUGUGUGUGCACACCGACUUUUCUUGACACAUACAGCACUUGCUUCGACUGUUUCAAACAGUCUGGAUUACUGAAGAACCGGUCUGCUACCUCCCAAGGUGAUGAUAUAAAAACCGCGUGCGGAAUAAUAAAGCAGCUGUCAACUAAUACUAGUACUCCUACCAUUACGCCCCUUAGUACUUUUAGCCCGCCUUCUUCGGCCCCUAGAACAUCACUUUCUUUGAAAAAAGUUUUGGUUGCUGGGUUGAUGAUUGCUGCUUUGUUAGCUGGAAAUUUAUAA